UAUAUAUAGGGGCCUGUGUGGCAGACUGGGGUUAGUUUGUGGAAGAGUUGCUUGCUGGAAUGGUUUGAGAGGAAGACCUACUGGACAUUUAUUUGACCUGAGACCAUUUUGAGUAUUAAUCCAAGAAGAUCUGAGCUCAGCUUCUGAUUUUAAGCUGCUCUCCAGCCUCGGGGUUUGUGCGUCUGUCCCGGACGAGGGGGCGGUGGGGUGGCGCCACGUCAUAUCAGCCGCCGCGCUCCGAUUGGCUGCCGAGUCUCACCCGACUCAGCUGUGACUGUUUUCUGCAGAGGAAGCGCUCGUCCCUAGCGUGAGGUCCAUGCGGUGGAAUGGGGCAGCGCAGUGUUUAUUUGUGUGUGUGCUAACGAUGAUGUGAGCAAACAACGUGAUUGGCAGUCCUUGUUAAGAGCAGGGCAACACGGCAGGACGCCCCUGUUUGAAUCGUCUGCGAGGCGUGAGUGAACAGGAGAGGGGCUUUCUGAUCGGACCAGGCACCGAAGACGUCUGGAGAUCAAGGUGGCGGUUUCCCUUGUCCCUUUAGCCCCAAAGUGCCAAAUGCCCAGACUAGAGGACCACUGCUGGAGCUGCUCCUGUGCAUCAAGCGUGGAAACGAAGCACUCGUCAUCUGGAGCGAACUGGUUGGCGUCCAGAGCCGAAGAAAUGAUGUCCAUCAUCACCUCGGUGCUCAGCCAGGCCUAUGGCUCGCUGCACGACGUCCGGGCGGCCAACCUGAUCCGCCGGGGUCUCGUCCUCUUCACGGUGGGAGUGAUCCUCGCCCUGGUGCUCAACUUGCUGCAGAUACAAAGACAUGUCACCCUGUUCCCCGAGGAGGUGAUGACCACUUUGUUUUCGUCUGCCUGGUGGAUCCCACCUUGCUGUGGCACAGGGGCCGCUGUGGUCGGCCUGCUCUACCCCUGCCUCGACAGCCAUCUGGGAGAGCCACACAAGUUCAAGAGGGAGUGGGCCAGUGUCAUGAGGUGCAUCGCAGUGUUCGUCGGUAUCAACCACGCCAGUGUUAAACUAGACUUUGACAACAACGUGCAGCUCUCCCUGACGCUGGCAGCCUUGUCCUUGGGCCUGUGGUGGACAUUCGACCGGUCCAGGAGCGGCUUUGGUCUGGGCAUCACCACUGCCUUCCUAGCUACUGUGAUCACACAGCUGCUUGUCUACAAUGGUGUCUACCAAUACACAUCUCCAGAUUUCUUGUACGUACGCUCCUGGCUCCCAUGUAUAUUCUUCUCGGGCGGUGUUACCGUGGGAAACAUAGGACGCCAACUUGCCAUGGGUGGUGUCGAGAAACCCCACAUGGACUGAGCAGUGGAAAGAAAGAAAAAAAAUUGGACGCCCGACGUAAAAGCGGACUAGUUAUGUGAAGAACAAGGAGAAAUAACAGGAGAGAAGACUCAUUGUUCUGAAUUCAACAAAGUACAGGUCAGAAAAGCCCCUCAUCCAUCGUGCCAUGUCCUCUGCACCUCCUCGUGGCCAAACAGCCUCCCCCCACCUCUGUUGUACUCAAUCAGCAUUAAGGAUUCCUUGCCUUUUGUUUGCUUUUUUUAAAAAAAAUUUUAAGUGAACUGUUGACUGGUUUUAAUUUCACGCUGGAAGUGUGUGUCCUCCCGCUAUUUAAUGGAAUGGACCCGUGUGCUUGUGUGCUCUAGCAAGGAUGUGUCGUGGGCUUGGUCUUUUUUUUUUUCCUGGACUUAAUGUGAUCAGAAAAAGGGAAAUGUAUGAAUGGGCAAAACAAACCCGUCUUCACCCUCAUAUAGCAAUGUAUUCAGCGGCUGCAGUGGCGCCACUGUGGCACAGGGGAGAUGUAUGUUCCCAAUCAAACCAAAAUUAAGUAUUUAUUUUUGUGGCUUUUGAAUGACCCCAAACCAAAAUGUACUGUAUGCCUGAUAAUGAAUGAUGAUUCCCAUUUUGAAAGAGGUAGUUUUCGAACCCUUGGAGUGAAUAGUUUGAUGUUUGGGGAAAUGCGCUUCUUGCUCACUUUCUUACUGAGAGCUAGCGGACUUCUCAUCCGAGGGGAACCUUUUUUCUUUCCAGCGAACACAUUAGAGGAUGGUAGUUGGAAUUAAGAGUGAGAUGAUACACGUAUGGAAGUGCCAAUUAGUUUACUACCAAUCUGUACUGGCUAAUAUUCACAUGAGUAUGAGGACUUAAUGAGAAGAUACUUGGAGCAGAAAUGCAAACUAUUUAGGCCCCAACAGUAUCAUAUUCACGUCCGCCGUUUAGUGCAAGAUCACAUUCGUAUUAUUUUAGAAAAAAACUUCUCUGAAAAUUUCAGUAUGAUGUUUUGUCUUGCUUCAGAGAAGUUUCCGGCGGACAGUGGAUUGUAUUCUCUUCAUUAGAAAUCAGGAGCAGGUAUGACGACAAAGUAUUUGUAUGGACUGAAAACAAUGCCAACUAAGAAAUUGAGGAAAGCCUCUAAGCUGGACUGUGUUCUGAAAGAAUGUACUCGGAUUAUAUUACAGGCACUUUUUGCCAGCAUCCGUGGUCAAGCCUGGUAAAACCGGUUUCAAAUCCUUCCCGAUGCAAUUGUACCUUUUUGACCACACGUUAAAUGUCUUGUAGGAUGGAGCUUUUGAUUCCCAUUGAGACAGACUCUUUACUCUUUUCCAACUUGAAUUUUCAUCUUCAAAGUCGUUAGGGAACAUACACCAGCUGAAGGAGAGGGGAGGACAUUAUUACUUAGGAUUUGCAAUCUGUGAUUGCCUGUGUAUUAUAGAAUGUAGUGCUUUUGUCACUAUAACGUCAGUUUUAUCAUUGGUACAAACAUAACGACAUUACUGCUUGUACGUAUAACGGCUUGCCUAUGUAAUCAGACAGGUAAAUUACCAUACUAGAUCUACAGUAUGUUAGUGCAGGGGGUCUACAGGAUUAAGUGCAAUCAGAGUAUAUACACAAGCCGAUUAUUCUUCCUUAUUUAUUAUUAUUUCUGACAAAGGCUUAAAAAAAAGUAUAACUUCUAAGUAUAUGCAGUGGGGAUACUUAAAAAAAGCAAUAACAUUUUUGUUUAUUGUGAACAAGAUUUUUUUUGUCAGAGAUUACAUGCCUUUUAGAGUCAAUACCAAUGAUUCUCAUCAGAGAGACAUUAAAGAAAGUAUAUACUGUGUCAAACUGUUAAAAAAAACAAAAAAAAAAUCUUAUUUAGUAGCAUUACUGAAGGAAACCUGAUUUAUUUUUGUAAGACUUUUAACGGCAGAUCACUUCAGGUUCAUCUGCUCAUAUUCAGGUGUACUAAACUGAAGAGGAAGCUUUAUUUUUUCGAGGUGGUGAAGCACCUUUUGUUUUAAUGUUUUAGACUUUCUGUGUGUGUCUUGAUAUUUCAGCUGUGUAUCAUUUUUGCUACCUUGGAUUCAAGUGUAAAAUAAAAAUGCCUGAUAAGGA